AUGCGCUUUGCGCUUUCUUUAAACACGUGCAGCACUAUGGAGUCUACACGCGAUGAAUUGGGUCUCGACCGCUCUCAGGUGAAAAAGGCUGUACAAGCAUUACAGGCCUAUUUAAAGACCACCGUCUCGUCCCAAAAACUAUUUUUGAAUGAGGGUCAGCCCAUCUCUCUUCUUUUCACUCUAUGGAAAAUCCCAAAAAAGGAGCAAACCGUUCGCAUACCGUUACCCAAUGGACUGAGGACCGAUUCAGGAGAGGUCUGUCUCUUCACCAGAGAUGAGCCCAAUAUGACUUCAGAGCAGACAGAGAAGUUCUACAAGAGGUUACUCUCAGAGAGAGGGGUCAAAAAUGUUACAGAGGUUAUUCCCUUCAAAGUGUUGAGGACGGAGUACAAACCGUUUGAAGCCAAGAGGAGACUGCUUGCCAACUUUGAUUUAUUUCUGGCAGAUGCACGAAUCCGUCGCAGGCUACCCUCCCACAUUGGCAAACACUUUUACGAAAGGAAAAAGAGUCCUCUGUCUGUGGAUUUAGAGAGUAAACACUUGACCAGAGACAUGGAACGCCUCAUUCAGGGCACCACCCUCUGUAUCUCAAAGAAAGGAUCCUGCUGCAUGGCACGUGUAGCACAUUCGGGCAUGACAGCAGAUGAGAUAGUUGAGAAUGUGGUGACAGCAGUUUCCACCAUCUCCACUAAGUUAGAAACGAAAGGAAAAAACAUAAAAAUCAUCCAUUUGAAAAGUACGACAUCGGUUGCACUACCCAUCUACACCUCUGAUCUGAGUCAUCUCGCACUGAUUGAGGAGGCCCAGAAGAAAGCCAAUUUAUCAAAGAAAGCACAAAAGAGGAAGACAGAAAAUGUGAAAAAAGUAGUAUCAGAGAGGAUCCCCAAAGAGAUUGAGGCAGAGAAUGAUUGUGAAGAGGAAAUUCCACAGCUGGUGCCUAUUGAGAUUCCAACCAAAAAGCCAAAACAGGAGGAGAUACCCAAAAAAGGUCAACAAUUACCCAAGCCUGCUGCUGGUAAAGAAGUAAAGAAAAUUGGAAAAGAAAAGAAAAUGGCAAAGAAAACGUCAAAGGUCACAGCACUUGGGAUGAAAAGAAAAGCUAAAAACAGAUAAAUAAAUGUACAAUCAUAACAAAUUAUGCACAGCCUGGAUAUACAUGUUGAAUUCCAUGUAUAUAUAUAAAAAAAAAGUGUAUCAUGCAUGUUUGUUCCUGAAACUCAUGCAAUUUGUUCUGUAAAAGAUCAACUCUGAAUUAAAGAAUUUCUAA